CCUUUGCUCGCAGGUUUUAGAUCUGCACAAGAACCAAGAUCCGGAACCAUGGCAUCCAUCCCAUCGAGCGGCUCGCUCAUGGCGACGCACAACUACCACAGAAGACGCCUGAGCUCCACAUCCAGCAACAGCUCCUGCGGCAGCUCGGAGUACUCUGGGGAGGUCAUCCCCCACCCCCCGGGUCUGCCCAAGUCCGACCCUGGCCACUGGUGGGCCAGCUUCUUCUUCGGGAAGACGACUCACCCAGCCAUGACCACCGUGUCGGAGUCCCCGGAGAGCUCGGGAGCGCUGCGGGUGACAGCAGGACCGAUGGCGUGUGGCCUGGUCCCAGGAGCAGGACGGCGGCGUCACGCCAGCGAGCCCAGCUCCGGGCCCUCGGCAUGAGCGGGUCGGCGGCUGCUCCCCACGCCGGCGGGCACAGCCCCUUCCCCCCCUCCCCACCCCGUAGAGUAGGCAGGCUGCUCCGAGGCAAAGGUGCUGCUUUGUAAUAAAAAAAGUGCAGUAAAACCCCCAACGAUUCCCACACCAGCCUUUUUACUCUUUCUCGACGUAACUACGCCCUUUCCACGUGGACUCGGUAACACUUUUUAUUUACCUUGUACUCAUACAAUGGCAACUAAUAAAACUUGAGCAGCCUUUUAAAA